AUGAAGGAUGAGGCGGUGGAGGACAGCGCGCUGGCCUGGCUGGUGUGCUCCGUGGUGUCGGUCCUGGCCAACGCCUGGGCCAUCCUGAGUGUGAGCGCCAAGCAGAAGAAGUGGAAGCCCCUGGAGUUCCUGCUCUGCACUCUGGCCGCCACCCACAUCCUCAACAUGGCCGUACCCGUGGCCAUGUACUCCAUCAUCCAGCUGCGGCGCCGCCACUCGGCCUACGAGUGGAACGAGGGGCUCUGCAAGGUCUUCGUCUCCACCUUCUACACCCUGACCCUGGUCACGUGCUUCUCCGUCACCUCCCUGUCCUACCACCGCAUGUGGAUGGUGCGCUGGCCGGUCAACUACAGGCUGAGCAACACCAAGAAGCAGGCUGUACACACGGUGAUGGGCAUCUGGAUGGUGUCCUUCAUCCUCUCCACGCUUCCUGCUGUGGGUUGGCACGACACCACCGAGCGCUUCUACGCCCACGACUGUCGCUUCAUCGUGACGGAGAUCGGCCUGGGCUUCGGCGUCUGCUUCCUGCUGCUCAUCAGCGGCAGUGUGGCCAUGGGCGUGGUGUGCAUCACCAUCGCCCUUUUCCAGACCUUCUCUCUGCAGACGGGGCAACGCGCAGACAAAAACAAGUUCAACGUGCCCACCAUCGUGGUGGAGGACGCGCAGGGCAAGAGGCGCUCCUCCAUCGACGGCUCUGAGCCCAUCAAGACCUCCCUGCAGAUCACGUACCUGAUCAGCGGCAUUGUCUUCAUCUACGACUUCCUCACCGGGUUCCCCAUUCUGGUGGUGAGCUUUGCCAGCCUGCGCUAUGACCGCUCCUACAGCUGGAUGGCGCUCUGCGUGCUCUGGUGCUCCAUCGCCCAGUCGGCCCUGCUGCCCGUCUUCUUGUGGGCCUGCGACCGGUACCGCGCCGAUGCCAAGGCCGUGUGGGAGAAGUGCGUAGCCAUCAUGUCCAACGAUGAUGCAGAUGAAGAAAACAGCCAGGAUGGAGGCAUUCAUCCGGACUUAAUAUAUGACAGAACGUAUGACUAUAGCGCCACUGCUGAUAUCAUGGCAGUAGACCGUAUGGCCAAGUACGAGUUCUCCGCCUUAGAGAGAGGGGUCCCUCAGGGUUACACAAUGAACGAACCACAGGAAGAUAAAAUGCAGUAUCUGCAGGUGCCCCCUACAAGAAGAUACUCCCACGACGAAACCGACAUGUGGACCACGGGCCCGAUCCCGUCCUACCUGCAGCGCUGGGGCUCCACCGAGGACGUGACGAGGAUCCUGCACGGCGGCUCUCCUCGGCGCGAGAGGCGCAGGAGCAGCUUGGCAUCCUACCACGAGGAGAGCCUCCCGCGCCGCAAGAGGCGCCGCUCCGGCGACAGCACACGCUCGCUCCCGCGCCCACCCCGGCACGCCCCCUCCGAGGAGGACCUUAAGUGCUUCAGCCGGGACGAGGUGAUCAACUAUAUCGACGAGACGCCUGUGCCCAGCCCCGUACGGACGCCCCGGCGCGCCUCGGCCGCCUCCCCGGGUCCCGACGCCUGCGAGCAGCGCGCCCUCCCGCUGCCCCGCUUCCCCCUCACCGACUUCGAGCGCGAACCGCAGGCCUUUCACCGCCUCCCCGAGCGAGGCCAAGGGUCCGAGGGCGGCCCGGGCCAGGGCAGGUUCCACCGCCAAGACUCGUGGGACGGGAAACAAGCGGCAGAGGCCACCGUGCGGACUGGGGAGGGUUCCUCCCACACGCUCAGGACAGGCCUGGGGGGCACUGGCAGCUGGGGGGGGACAAAAAUCCAGACCACAAUGGAGAGCAAAGGAAGCACAAAUAGUUUUAUAAGAUCACCUUCAUCGGGAUACGUCACAUUCCACUCGGACUCCAUAGGAUCUACGUCCUAG